AUGAGCCAAGACAACGACGGGGAGGUUGCCGGCGUCGUCAACAGCCAUGGUGUCGUCCAGGAACACGACCAUGGCACGAUCGGCGGCGGCAGGGCCGGUGCCGGCGCGGAGGAAGAUGUAGACCGUGGUGGGGACCAGGAGCCAGCUGCUUUCUUCCAGUGCCUUGAUGACCAGGAGCAGCCCUCCGGCACGGUGCACCUGGACGACGCUAGGGCCGAGUUCCCCUCCGACGACGAGGACGGCGGCGGCGACAGCGACGACGUCCGCUGCUCCUUCGCCACCGCCGUCGGUGACGGUGACCGCCUCCUCGAGGAGCAGGCUGAGCUGGACCUGGACGGGGAGGAGGAGGAGGAGGACACGUCCCGAUAUGACUACGGCAUGUGGAUGUCCACCGAGCCCGAGUCAAUCCAGGAGCGCCGCCGCCGGCUGCUCCAAGGGAUGGGGCUCGCCAGCAGCAGGGACCUCCUCCGCAGCCGCAACGCCAGGCGCAGCGCAGCCCUAAACCGGUCCCGCUCCGACACCCGCCUCGCCGUCCGCGGCGGCGGCGCCGCCAGGAAGCCGCCGUCGUUCCGGCGCGUGUACUCGCUGCCGCACUCCCUGCAGGCCCCGCCUGCCAACAAGGUUCCCCGCGCGCGCCGGCUGCCGCCGGCGGCGGCGUUGAAGGACGCCGGGGCCGGCAAGGUCGGCGGCGGCCUCACGACCAAGGCCCAUCAGGACUGCCGCAAGGAGCUCACGGCGAACGGCCAGCUCAACGUCGCCGCCCAGCGCGGCGUGCCGCUGAACAUGGACGAGUUCGAGCGGUUCAUCGGCUCGACGCCGUUCGUGAAGCAGCUCAUGCGCCGCAGCCAGAGCCAGCCAGUGCCGGCCGGGGCGGCGGCCAAGGGCGGCGAGAAGCCGGCGCCCGAGAAGAAGAGGACGCGCUGGCUCAGGAACAUCAAGCUCGUGGCCUCCGCCGCCGGGCUGAGGAGCGACAAGGACAGGGACGGCGACGGCGGCAGCAGGUUGUCCAAGUCGGCGUCGGCCAGCGCCGCCAUGUCGUCGCCGUCGCCGGCGGCCACGGGGCCCGAGCGGCUCAAGGUGCACCACUGCGGCAAGUCCAGCAAGGAGCUCACCGGGCUGUACCUGCGGCAGGAGGUGCGCGCGCAUGAGGGCUCCAUCUGGAGCAUCAAGUUCAGCCCCGACGGCCGGUUCCUCGCCAGCGGCGGCGAGGAUCGCGUCGUGCGCGUCUGGGAGGUCGUGGACGCGUCCGCUGUGGCGCAGGAGGUCUCGCAGGCGUCCCUACUGCCUCCGCAGCCGCCGCCGCCUGCCUCCGCGGACGCCGGCAGGCCGGCGGCGGCGCCGGGGCUGGCGGCGCAGCUGUCGAGGAGGAUGAGGAGGGGGCGGAGCGGCAAGGACGUGCUCCCCGAGCACGUCGUCGUGCCGGAGUCCGUGUUCGCGCUCGCCGAGCAGCCGGCGUGCGCGUUCGAGGGCCACCAGGACGAUGUGCUCGACCUCUCGUGGUCCAAGUCCCAGCAGCUGCUGUCGUCGUCCAUGGACAAGACGGUGCGUCUCUGGAACAUGGACACCAAGACGUGCCUCAAGAUGUUCCCGCACAACGACUACGGUGAGCUACCAGUCUGUGCAGUUACCUGCCUCCAGUUCAACCCGGUGGACGACGGCUACUUCAUCAGCGGGUCGCUGGACUGCAAGGUGCGCAUCUGGAGCGUGCCGGACCGGCAGGUCGUCGACUGGAGCGACGUCAGCGACAUGGUCACCGCGGCGUGCUACACCCCGGAUGGCCAGGCACAAAUCGACAUGAGCAUAUCGAAGAAGCGCCGGUCGCAGGCGAAAAAGAUCACCGGAUUCCAGUUUGCGCCGGGGAACCCGUCGGAGAUACUGGUCACGUCGGCGGACUCGCAGAUUCGGGUGUUCAACGGCAUCACCGUCCUCCAGAAGUUCAAAGGGUUCAAGAACACCAGCAGCCAGAUCUCCGCGUCCUACACCGCCGAUGGCCGCUACAUCGUGUGCGCCAGCGAGGACUCGCACGUCUACGUGUGGCGCCGGGUCCCCGGCGGCGGCGGCGGCGCAGGGGGCGGCAUCGGCGUCAGGGCCAAGACCUGGCUCACCAGCCGCUCCUACGAGUACUUCUUCUGCCGGGACGUGUCCGUGGCCGUGCCUUGGCCCGGGUCGCCGUCCCUGCGGUGCGACGCGGCGGCAUCCCAGGGCGGCGGCAGGAGCGACACACCCAGGAAGCAGGAUGACGGCGGCGCGCCGCGGCGGCCCAAGUCCGGGCCGAUGGGGUACCCCGGCGCGCACCUGCUGCCUCAGCUGUCUCGCCGCGAGUCGUCGUCCGCGCGGUGGCACGGCGGCGCGGAGGGCGGCAACGCCUGGGGGAUGGUGGUGGUGACGGCGAGCCGCGGCGGGGAGAUCAGGGUGUACCAGAACUUCGGGAUGCCCGUCGCCAACCUCUUCCACUAGCUAUCCGGCCGUCAAGCAGACUGAAUUCACAUUGGCACUCGCAGCUUAAAGAGGCCCAAAAUAUCAUAGAAAUUGGAGUGAUCCAUUGGCUCCUAGGCAUGGAA